UCAGGCACGGAAAGGACAGUCGCUCUGACUCGGCGCAUGUGUUCCAGGACCCCAAGAUGUCCAUGCUUGCUGAGCCUCGCAGGAAGCAGAAGUGGUCUGUAGACCCGAGGAACAGCGCGUGGAGUAAUGAUGACUCCAAGUUCGGCCAGAAGAUGCUGGAGAGAAUGGGCUGGUCUAAAGGGAAGGGUCUUGGCAAAAGUGAACAGGGUGCUACAGAGCACAUCAAGGUUAAAGUGAAGAACAAUAGCUUGGGUUUGGGCACCGCAGUCAACAACGAGGACAACUGGAUUGCCCAUCAGGAUGAUUUUAAUCAGCUCCUUGCUGAACUGAACAACUGCCAUGGACAGACCAGUGAAGAGCCGUCCCCAGAACAGGCACAAGGUUUCAGUUUGGAGGAGAAAUCAAAGACAUCUAAAAAAAGGGUCCAUUACAUGAAGUUCACCAAAGGAAAGGAUCUGUCCAGUCGCAGUGAAACGGACCUUGCUUGCAUCUUCGGUAAAAGAGCUAAACAGAUGAGAAAUCAGGAAGAGGCAAGUAACAGUACUGAUUCUCAGGAGGAGAAAGAGCAGGACAGCGAUGACAAGAAUGGUCCAUUAAACCCGGAGGCGGAACACAACACAGUGACCAGUACUCUGACCAUGCAGGAGUACUUCGCACAGCGGAUGGCGCAGUUAAAGAAAGGUCGUGCCGAGAAUGGGUCCUCCGCUUCUACUCCUGACAUCGACAGCAACCCACGGACCCAGUCAGAGACAUGCAAAUUCACAGAGGAUUCUCGCGACACCAGCGACAUGGAGGAGAGCAAAAAAAGAAAGAAAAAGAAGAAAAAAGAUCGAAAGAAUGACAACGAGGAAAAGGUGGAAGAAACUGAGGAUGCCCCAGUGACUGAGGUUACUGCUGUUGAGCAUGCUGACUCAGGCAGCAAAAAGAAAAAGAAGAAGAAAGAUAGACAAGCUAGAGAGGAGGAUACAGCAGAAGAGUGCUGCGUCCCAGCAACAAAACAAGACCCAGUGGCCCUUUCUUCAGAGAAAAAGAAGAAAAGAAUAAAUAAAGAAACGCCUACAUGCACACCUAAUGAAGACGAUGAAGCUGAUAACAUCACAGACACCAAGGUUUUGGAUAAAAAGAGAAAGAAGAGAAAGCAGCGAGAACAAGAGGAAGAGCAGACAGAAGUAAUAACAGAAAAGAAAUCCAAAAGGGAAAAGAGAAAAAAGAAAAAUGACAAUUAGGACUUGAUUUGGUGUAUUUGUAGUUUGUUAAUAAAUUGAACAGCAGCAAAUGAGCAUUUAAUUUUCUAAGCUCAUUGUGUUCUUUAUGGUCAGAUUGUACUGUAUGCCUUGCAACGGGAACCAUUUGUAUAGCCAAAAAUCUAUUCAAUUUUAUAAAUCCAUGUAUGAACAUUUUUAUUUCAUUUUCAAUUUUAAACAUCAAAUUACAUGCUAUUUUUAAUGCCACUUUUUGCUCCAAGAGUAAUCACAAAUAUUAAGAAAAAUCCAUGCAACCUGUUUUAAAUGUUUUUAUAAAAAAUUAUAAGUGCUGGGAAGAGUGUAAUACCAGUGCAGAAAUCUGAUUCAAUGUUCAGUUUUUAAAAUAUUCCUGCAUCUUCUUUCCUACUGUCAUAGCUUUCCUUUUCCUGAUGUGAUGUAUGAAGAUGCUGAUAGAUUAGAGCCCACACUUCACAUACCACGCCCAUAAAAAGCUGAUGAGCUGUCCAAUCGAAAUAAUCUUGUUUUUCCCUCUGACACUUUUUAUUUUGCCAUAAUGUGAUAUUUGCACCUCCUGUGAACAGCAUAAAUGUGAUGCUAAAUUAAAAUUUCAUUACUUUAAAUUGCAUUUAACAAUAGUGUUGAUUUACUCACAGGACUACUGGUUCUAAUGUCCAGGUCUAUAAGUAGCUUAACAUAAAUGAUUUCCCCAGUGAUAAAAUAGGGUUAUUUCUCUGUGCCUUUCCUAGGUCUAGCACAAAGUUACUGGUUGUCCCACAGUGACGGGUCUAAGUACUUAUGAGAUCUUUGCAAUGUGAUGCGAUGGUGCUAUGAUUUAGAUUGUAUGAAUUUUACAUGUAGGCUAAUAAAGUAAAAAUUCAACUUGUACCAAA